GCUUAUAGUUGGUUAUUUUCAUACCAAAAACAAACGUUAUCAGUGCAGUCGGAACGCCUACUACGGUUCUUAACAAUUAAACAGCUGACUUCAUUGUUGUUUGGUAUAUUUGCUUCUAAUUAGACUUAGAUUAUUAUAAUCUAAGAUUAAUACAUUUUCAACACUACCUUUAUAUUGGAAAUUGUUUGAAGUGCCUGUAAUUGGAUUCCUAUCAGUCGAUUGAGUUAAUACACUUGUUUACUACUCGUUUCAAAGUUAUUAUCUGUGUGGCCUUGAAUUAUCUUGUUAGGAUAGAAAUCCCACUCUCUCACUUGCAGAUAACUACAAACUAACAUUGUUCUUCACUUUCCUCACCUAUUGUAUCGGACCAUAAUUAUAUUUUCCUGGUACUGUUGCAUUAUUUAAUUGUAUACAGUACAGGAAAAUCUGAUAGGCAGUUCCAACAUGUCUAGUCGUAAUAAAGGAAAGAUUGCAAUUUUGGGAAGUGGCCUAAUAGGGCGGAGCUGGUCUAUGCUCUACGCAAGUGUUGGCUAUUCUGUGGUCAUCUACGAUAUAGUUGCAGAGCAAGUCUCUAGCGCACUCAAGGACAUAGAGAAACAACUAAAGGCUCUCCAGAAUGACAAUCUCCUCCGAGGCAGUCUCCCUAUGGAAGAACAAUUCAGCCUCAUAACUGGCACUUCAAGUUUGAAGGAACUGGUGGAAGAUGCCAUUCUCGUUCAGGAAUGUGUUCCUGAAAAUCUGGAAUUAAAGAAGAAAGUUUACCAAGAAUUGGACGCUUUGGUGGGGCCUUCAACCAUUCUGUCCAGUUCCACGUCGACAUUUCGUCCCUCUCUGUUCUCGGAAACUCUGAAAAAUCGGGGUAGAAUAAUUGUGGCACACCCUGUGAACCCACCAUACUACGUUCCUCUGGUGGAGGUGGUGCCUGCGCCUUGGACAGAGGAAUGGGUGCCCAAAAAGGUGCGAGCUUUGCUGGAAGAGAUUGGACAAGAACCUGUCAGCCUAUCUCGGGAGAUUGAAGGAUUCUCUCUCAAUCGCAUACAAUACGCUAUUCUCAAUGAAGUGUGGAACCAAGUGGCUGACAAUAUUCUCUCAGUGGAGGAUGUGGAUAAGGUGAUUUCUGAGGGUCUGGGGAUGAGAUAUGCUUUCCUGGGGGCUCUGGAGGUGGCUCAUCUCAAUGCUGAAGGCAUGAAAAAUUACUGUGAUCGGUACAGUAAGACCAUUUACAGCACCUCCUGCACAUUUAAGCCGAUCCCGAAGAUGGAAGGGCCUCAGGUGGAUGUUGUCUCGGAACAGCUCAAUAAGAUGACACCUCUGGAUAAGCUACAGGAUCGUAGAGCUUGGAGAGACCAGUGUCUCACUCGGCUCUCAGUCUUGAAGAACGAGUUGAAGCGGAAACCCAUGUAAAUAUUUUACAACAGGGUGAAUGUUGAGAAGGAAGUCUUAUUUCUUUGAGACUUUUCUCAGAAUUAAGCCGAAAUCAUCUUCGCAAAAGGCUCUUGUAUCCUUCUGAGGUUUGGGCUGAUUACACUAUAUAAAUAUAGGUUUUGUGGGAGAUAUAUACAUUUUUGGAACAAGAGUACUAAUUUUUAUUACACACCAUUAUUUGGUGAAACGUAUAUAAUAGUUGUUUUUAGAAAGAAAUAUACAAGUAUAUAUUAUUUACUAAAAUAAAAUUUUUUAAUGUUACACAAAAA